AUGACAAUAUCACCCUUCUUCCGGGUGACGAUCACGGGCAAAGAGAACCUGCCUGAUGACGAGGCAUGUGUCUAUGUGGCGAAUCACCAGUCUUUCAUGGACAUCCUGUCAGCAUACCAGUUGUUCAAGCCCUUCAAGUUCAUCUCCAAGGCAUCGAUCCUCAAGUUCCCGUUGAUUGGUUGGGUCAUGAGGACGGCAACUCCCUUUUUGUUUUUUCCCGAGGGCACACGCAGUAGCGAUGGCCGGCUCUUGCCCUUCAAGCGUGGCCCAGUGUCGAUGGCCAAAAGGGCAAAGGUCCCCAUUGUGCCGAUGACCAUCCUGGGCACCGGGCGAAUUAUGCCCAGCAAGAAGGAGUACCUCCUCUACCAGAACAAUGCUGGGGUGAAAAUCAUUGUGCAUCCCAAAGUGCCAGUGCAAGAGGUGGAAGACACGCCAGCAACCUGGGCUGAACUUAGAAUGACAAACACCAGGACCGGUAGGCGAUCAUAG